AUGCUGUCUCCGACGUUAUUUCCUCUCUUCUGUGCUUUAUUCCUCUGUCUUCCCGUUGCCGUCAUCUUCACAGUCCAGCGAGAACUCACCGGCGUUGUCUCGCCGGAAUUUGGUUUCCGCUCUCUCUCCGUCUUCUCUCUCUACUCCCGAAAUGUCCCCGACGCUUCUUCUCCGGCGGUUCCGAUUCGCCCGAUUAUUCCCAAAGACGACGCCCUGCUUCUCCGACUCGCUUCCCUGGUUAACCCGAAUCAGCCUCCCGGAUCGACCCGGAAAUUGGCUUUUAUGUAUCUAACGACGACGCCUCUUCCGUUUGCUCCUCUCUGGGAAAAAUUCUUCAAUGGAAGCUCCAAGGAACUCUACAAUGUCUACGUCCACGCGGAUCCGACCCGAGAUUACGACCCGCCGUUCGCCGGCGUGUUCGCCAACCGGGUCAUCCACUCGGAGCCCUCCCAAAGGUACACACCCACUCUCGCCGCCGCGGCUCGUCGGAUAAUCGCGCACGCGCUGCUCGACGAUCCGCAAAAUUACAUGUUUGCCCUUCUGUCACCUUCGUGCGUACCCAUCCGCUCCUUCGACUUCACCUACAAGACGCUGGUCACGUCGCCGUCUUCCCGGAAAAGCUUCAUCGAGAUACUCAAAGACGAGCCGUGGCAGUACGACAGAUGGGCCGCGCGUGGUUUCGACGCGAUGCUGCCGGAGGUGAGGCUGGAGGAUUUUCGAAUCGGGUCGCAGUUCUGGGUGUUGAAACGGAGGCACGCUCGUGUGGUGGCGCGUGAUCGGCGGAUAUGGGAGAAGUUCAACCAGACGUGCGUGCGGGAAGACACGUGUUAUCCCGAGGAGAAUUACUUUCCUACCCUUCUUAAUAUGAGGGACCCACGUGGAUGUGUCCCAGCCACGCUUACUCAUGUGGACUGGACCAUCAACGAUGGAGGCCACCCGAGGAUGUACGAGCCAGAGGAAGUCGCGCCUGAGCUGAUCGUGCGGAUCAGGAAGACUCGGCCGAGAUACGGGGAGGAUGGAAUCAACGGUUCUGAUUGGUCUGCGAAUGAGCGGACGGAUCCGUUUCUGUUCGCGAGGAAGUUUUCUCCGGAGGCUCUCGAGCCGUUGAUGGGUAUGGCUAGAAGCGUCUUGUUCAAUGACUCGGCCGGUGAUGAUGAUGUGUGA